AUGGCGUCCGCGACGUCGUCAGGAUCGAGCAUGGAGGCUGCUGGGUCCACCCGCGCAGCGCUAAUUAUCGACGGUUCCUAUGCGAUGAUAGGAGCGCGGGCCCUGGGUGGAAAGAUCGACUACAUCAAGCUCCGAUCGGCUCUGGAAGAUCAGGCGUCGACGCAAUUUGGAGAUUGCUGGUUCUUCGACCAGAACCCGUCUGCUCAGCGGGUUAAUCCAGCAUUGACGGCAGAGUACCACAUGCUGAAGUUUGCACCUCCGGACGGGCCUCAGUUCCAAGUCAGCUUGUUCCCGAUGAAAAAGUAUAAUUGUCACUGCAGAAGAUGCGGCAACCACUUCACGCAGAAUGUGCAAAAAGGUGUUGACAACGGAAUUGCUACCAAGAUCCUGUCACUUGCCUAUGAAAACCUCACUCAGCCACGUACGCAAUGUGUUACGAAAGGAUAUCUGGGUAAUUGGCUACCGAGGAACAGUAUCCGGGGACCUGCAGCAACUGGCAUCACGGGUUCUUUGGAUGAAUGA